UUCGUUCGGCGUUACACCGUCUCAGCGGUCCUCCGGUCUAGUUGUGAAAUAGGUAACAGUUUAUUCUGAAGAAAAACUGAAAAGAUCUGGAGAGAGGUAGAGGGAGGGAGCGAUGAAUGUUUCAAGUCUGGGCAGAACCAAAUGGAGAAAGAAAAACCCUAACGUAAGAAUCCAACCAUUGAUUACAAUUCUUAUACUUUUAUUCAUCUUAUUUUUCUUCGUUUUCUACACAGACAUACCCAAUUACAUUUUCUCUUCCUCCAGUUUUUCUUCUUCUUCUUCAGUUUCCCAAUUCCCUCCUCAGUGUCAGAUUGGUCACAGCCUAGGUGAGAAGUAUCUCUGGUUUGCCCCUCAUAGUGGUUUCAGUAAUCAACUCUCAGAGCUUAAAAAUGCUAUUCUAAUAGCAGGAAUAUUAAACCGAACCUUAAUUGUUCCUCCCAUUCUUGAUCACCAUGCUGUUGCUCUUGGUAGUUGCCCUAAAUUUAGGGUUUUGGAACCAAAUGAUUUGCGUAUUCGUGUCUGGGAUCACAUAAUUCAGCUCAUUCAGGAUCACAGGUAUGUGUCAAUGGCAGACAUUGUAGAUCUUUCCUCUCUGGCAUCAAUGAUUAGAACUGUAGAUUUUAGGGUUUUUACUGGUUUAUGGUGUAGUCUAAACAAAAACCUAGCUUGUAUCAAAACAUCCGAGUUGGCAUCGUCUUCUUCGUUAAAACAAUGUGGCUCUUUAAUCUCAGGUAUGGAUGGUAAUGUGGGCAAGUGUUUAUAUGCUGUAAAAGAUGAUUGUAGAAGUAGUGUUUGGACUUACCAACAAAAGAAUGGAGACGGAGUUUUGGACUCUAUGCAACCUGAUGAUGAACUUAAAAAAAAGAAAAAAAUUUCAUAUGUUCGGAAACGUAGAGAUGUAUUAAAAGCCCUUGGACCUAAUACAGAAGCUGGUUUAGCAACUGUUUUAGCCUUUGGAAGCCUUUUUACUUCUCAGUACAAGGGUUCGGAGCUUUAUAUUGAUAUCCAUGAAGCCCCACUAGAUAAUAGGAUACAGUCUUUGAUUAAGAAGAUUGAGUUUCUCCCAUUUGUUCCAGAAAUUAGGAAUGCUGGGAAGAAGUUUGUGGUCGAGAAGAUUAAAUCUCUAUUUGUGUGUGCGCAACUUAGAUUACUAGAUGGGCAGUUCAAGAAUCACUGGAAGGCUACUUUUUUGGGCUUACAACAGAAGUUGGAAACCCUAAGGAAUGAAGGUAGUCACCCAAUUCAUAUUUUUAUUAUGACAGAUCUUCCUGAAGCGAACUGGACAGGAAGUUAUUUAGAAGAGCUAGCUAGAGAUUCAGAUGCUUAUAAACUGUUUAGUUUGCAAGAAGGGGAUGAGUUGGUUGUACAAACUGCAAAGAAGGUUGCAGUUGCAGGUCAUGGUUUGAAAUCCGGGUCUUCUCCAAACAACAUAAGAACAAGCAAGAUGAAGAAGAAUUGUGCUUUUGGAUCUUUACCUAGUAUACUUCUAUAUCUGGAGGAGUCCGUUUGCAGCUGUGCGUCACUCGGUUUUGUUGGGACUGCUGGAUCAACAAUUGCUGAGAGUAUAGAGAUAAUGAGGAAAAAUGGAAUUUGCUUGAAGCAAGAUAAGAUUGAACAGUGAAGUCCGCAAAAAGCUGUCCCUCAGGGCUUGGUAUAUCUGCCUUCUAUCAAUGUGAAAUCUCGUAUUCAUGUUGGUUGGAUUCUUUAUGCAGUUGUUCCUCUUUUAAAAUCAACAAACAGGUAUUCGUGAUUCAAUUAUACGUCAACUCCAGCUGGGUUGCAGUCACGAGGAAGAACCGGAAAUUGCUGUGCUCAAGGUUCAGUUAACACAAACUAACUUCCCGAGGCAAGUCUGCUGCAAUUCUAAGCCUCACUGUAAAGUAUGAUGGAUCUGCUAUUGUCACCUUGAUGCAGUUACAUCUCCUUGUCAGAUUUUUGGAAGCUGUCUUGUGGAUAUAUCCUGGAAUUUCAAAUAUGCCUCCUUUAUGUCUGUGCAGGGGGCUAACAGACUUUUCUCUGUUCGCAUCUGUGAAGAAACUUGCAAAUGUUAAAGUGACCAUAAAUUUGAUAUAAUGAAGUUCCGUGUAUGUUGUUUGAGCCGCAUAUAUCAGUGGCCAUGUUUAUUUUUUUCUGUGUUUUGCAAUGUUUAACUGCUUGGUUUGUCACUAAUUCUGGUCACUAUGUCAUCCUACUUUUAUCACAUCAAAUGAAUUGUAAUUCUGAGGGCUUCCGACUCAUU